AUGUUCGUGUCCGACUACCUCACUCUCGGCUCUGGGCGCAAGAUCUACUACGCUCACUCGGCGCCGGCCACGCCGUCGACCAAGGCGCCCGUCGUUGCCAUCCACGGCCUCGGCGGCUCGUCGGCGUUCUGGCUUCCUGCAUUGGAGUGCUCGGGCCUCACCAAGGACCGCGACGUGUACGCGUACGACAUGGAUGGCCAUGGUCAGAGCGACUACUCUGGUCGUGAGCCCGACAUCCAGAACUACAUCGACGACAUCGGGGACGUCCUCGAUAAACUCAACCUCAGCCGCGUCAUUCUCGCUGGUCACUCGAUGAAUGGAACCAUCACUUCGCUCUUCACCGAGAAGAACUCCGACCGCGUCGAGCAGCUCAUCCUCCUCCACCCCGUGCGUAAUCUCCCGCCCGCGGUGAAGGAGAACAUGAAGGGACGUGCCAAGGCGGCCAGCACGGCCAAGGGUCUCAGCGGCAUUGCGAACGCGGUCGCCUCGACUGCUGUUGCCAAGGUCGUUGCUGCCUCUGACUUUGCUACGUGCGCCUUUAUCCGCGACCUUGUGGCGACCACCAAGCCGGAGGCCUACGCCGCGGCCUGCCUCGCUCUUUCCAAGGCCCCGUCGGUCGACGGCUCCAAGACCCCUAUCCCGGUCCACAUUAUUGGCGGCGCUGAGGACUACCUCGGCAGCCCAGACGCGGUGCGCCAGUGGGCAGCCGAGAUUCCCAACGGCAAGGGUAGCGUGGUGGUCCUCGAGAACGUCGGACACUGGGGCGCAGUCGAGGCGCCAGCCAAGGUUGGCCGUUGCAUCGCCAUGGCAGUCGCGCCGACGUCGUACGACAUCCUCAUGGGCACUUUCCGUUCGCCGUACCUCUACACGAUCACGUUUGAUGUGCUGGCCCGCAAGCUCAACCUUCGCACGGUUAACGAGGCGUCCGGUGGGCACAACUGGCUGGACGUCAGCCCCGACGGCAAGACGCUGUACGCCACGGUGUGGGGAGAGCCACCUAAGUUGACGAGCUACGACAUUGUGCACGGUGGCGAGUACGCGACGACCAAGAUCUCGCGCAACGUCCCCUCAAAGUUCAUGUCGGGGUACGUGUGCAGCAACAACAAGGCGAUGUAUUCGGCGUGCGGGCCGCAGGUGGACACGUUCCUCGUGGACGACAACGGUACGCUCCUCGAUCAGCCAGCCGUGCAGAACUUCAACCUCCUCAACGGCCAGGAGAAGAACAAGGCCAACGGCACGAUGGACUUUGGCGGCUUGCGGCACGGAGGGCACUCGGCCGACCUCUCGCCAGACGGCACCAAGCUUUAUGUCGCUGACAUUGGGCGCAACUGCGUAUGGAUGUACCACGUUGAUCGGGAGACGGGCCUCCUCACUGAGGCGUCCAAGAACAUUGCGACGCGUCCUCACGACGGCCCGCGCCACGCGUGGCCCCACCCCAACGGCCGUAUCGUCUACUCGCUUCAGGAGCACUCGUCGUACGUCGACGCGUUCCGCCUCACGGACGACUCCAAGCUCGAGUUCAUCGAGGGCGGCUGCAUCAUCCCCGACGAGAAGGACCAUGACAAGUUCUGGGCCGACGAGGUUCGCCUUUCGCCAAUGGCUGAUGUGGUGUUUGGCUCAACCCGCGGCCUCGAGAAGGCCACCCUGGGCUAUGUCACUGCUUGGAACCUUCGACCAGACGGCACGUUUGCGAGCACUGAGGCCACGCACCGCUUCCAGACCAGGACGUCGGGCGGGUGGGCCAACGCCAUCGCCGUCUGCCCCAACCUCGGACCUAAGGGAGAGGUGUUCAUGACCCUCACUGACUCGGAGGAGGGCUUCGUCCAGAUGCUCGCAUACACGAGCGACAAGGGCUUCGAGGUCGUCGACGAACUCAAGCUGAGCACCGAGCAGGAGCUCGUCAUGUGCGCCACCACUGUUUGGUUGUAG